CUUCCGCUGUCUCGGCGUUCUCCCCGCAUCCUCCUGCCCCGGCAGCCCCCGGCAGCGCCCAUGCUGAGCACCGAGAGUUUCGCGGGGGCGAGAGCCCUGGGAGAGGAAUCGCUGCAGAUGUGGGACCUCAACAAGCGGCUGGAGGCGUACCUGGCCCGCGUGAAGUUCCUGGAGGAGGAGAACGAGGUGCUGCGAGCCGAAAUCCAGAGCACCAAGAGCAGCCCGGCCGGGGACUCGUGGCGGGCGAAGUACGAGGAGGAGCUGCGAGCCCUGCGGGAUGCGCUGGAUCUCGCCUUCAGGGAGAAGUGCACGGCCGAGCUGGCCAGGGACAACCUCUACGAGGAGGUCCAGCAGGUGAGAAGCAGGUGCCAGAAGGAGCAGGCAGCCCGAGAAGAAGCUAAGAAGCAGCUGUCCUUGAGCAGGAAGGAGCUGGAGGAGGAGAGGAGAGCACAGAUCUGGCUGAAGGAGAGGGCUGUGCAGCUGGAGAAGGAGGUGGAAGCCUUGCUGGAGGUGCACGAGGAGGAGAAAGCGGGGCUGGACCAGGAGAUCGCCAGUUUCUCCCACAGCCUGGAGAGUUUCCGCUGUGCCCCGGUGGCUUUCCAGCCGGUGGAGGUGGAGGAUUACUCCAAGAGACUCUCGGAGAUCUGGAAAGGGGCGGUGGAGACCUACAAGGCAGAGGUGGCGCAGCUGGAGGGUUCCCUAUGCCAGGCCAAGGAGAACCUGUGGAAGGCGGUGGAGGACAACCAGCAGAGCCAGCUGCAGCUGCAGCACCUGGAGAAGGAGCUGGCAGGGCUCAAAGCACGCAAGGAGAUGCUGGAGGAGAGCCUGGCCCGGCAGUGGCAGGAGCAGCGCGGGGAGGCAGAAAAGUUCCAGCUGGCGCUGGAGGCCCUGGAGCAGGAGCAGCAGAGCCUGCGGGUGCAGAUCGCCCGGGUGCUGGAGGACAGGCAGCAGCUCAUGCACCUCAAGAUGUCCCUCAGCCUGGAGGUGGCGACCUACAGGACGCUGCUGGAAGCGGAGAGCACCCGCCUGCAGAUGCCGGCAGGAGAAUUCAGGUUGGCCAACGGGGUGCGAGAUGUCAAACUGGAGGUGAGCAGCAGCAAAGCGGUGGCAGCGAGCCCCGAGGCCAGGCGGCUGCUGCCCCGAGAGCCCCGCGCCAGCCCCUUGCCCCGGGCAGAGCUCAAAAAACCCCAAAGCGACACCCUGACCCCCCAAAGAGCCAGGGAGCUCCAGAAAAUCACCUCAGCUCUCCAUGGAAGUGCUACCGGCAGGGCUGGGGGGCAGGGAGCCCCCGCACCCAGCCCCCCCCAGGCGGGCAGAGCCGACCCUCCGCUCUCCCCGGAGCCCCCCAGCCCCUCCCCGCCGCAGCGGGAGAGCUCUGGGGGAGACGGUCCCGCCUGGCCGGGAGGAGAUGAGGCAGCGAUGAGCCUGGGGAUGGAGUGUCCCCUGUCCAGAGCCCCGGGGGACAUUGGCAGCGCCAGCCUGCAGCCCCUGGGAGCCGCCCACAGGCUGCAGUACCCGGCCCAGCUGGUCAGCGAGGUGCUGGAGGAUGCCCUCAAGGCGAUGGAAGGCGAUGCUCAGCUCAAAGAGGAGCCCACACCCAGCUCCACGUGGGAUAUCUGUGCCCCCAGCCCCGUUUUCCCCCCAGAGGUUUGUGGAGAGGCUGUGCCAGAGCGGCCUGGGGAGCAGCGAGAGCCCUCGGAGGGCUCUGAGAAUGGAGAGAGCGCCGAGGCAGAGCAGAGGGCUGGAGAGGGGAUGCUCCAGGGGCUGGCUGGGGAGAGCAGCGUCCUGCAGGACACAGCCCCGUCCCCACAGGGCACGGCCGCUCCCCUGAGUGCCUCGGGGAGCCGGGAAGAGCUGGGAGCGUGGGAGGAGGAGGAGGAAGAGGAGGAGGUACCUGCUGUGCUGAGCCCGAGGCAUCGAGAAAUGGAGGCCCAGGAGGGGGACAAGGAUCUCCCUGGACAGACAGAGAGCAGCUGGGAAAAGCCAGAGGAGGAGAGGGCAGAGAGCCCAAGCACAGAGCCAUCACACCCCUCAGAGGAGGAGGAGGAGGAGGAGAAGGGGGAUUUCCAGGAAGAAGGAACAGGUGUGCAAGAAGAGUGCCCACACAAAGAAGUGGAAGCUGCUAGUGGUGUCCUUGUGGAAAACCACCUGGUGUUGCCCACAAAAGGUCACCUGAGAGAGGACUUUGCUGAUGCAGAGCAGGAAAGGUCUGAGCAGCAGGAAAUGCCCGUGUGUGAGAUGGAUCUGGCUGCAGAGAAGGGAAGGGAACAGGAGCUGUGUCUAGAACAGGAGCCCUCGAGUGCCCAUGAGGCCAUCCCAGCAGAGGAGGCUCCCACAGGAGCUGAAGAAGACACUGUGGGACAGGAGGCCACUGGCAGAGUGGAAGAUGCUGAGGGAGAAAAGGGAGAGGCCAGCAGGGAGGUGCUGGGAGGAGAGGAUCGUGGGGUGGGACAGGACCCCAUGGCAGUAGAGCACCUCACAGCAGGAGAAGAUCAUGGGGCAGGAGAAGAUCAUGGGGCUGAAGAAGAUCAUGGGGCUGAAGAAGACCAUGGGGCUGAAGAAGAUCAUGGGGCAGGAGAAGACCAUGGGACAGGAGAAGAUCAUGAGACAGGAGAAGACCAUGGGGUAGGAGAAGGCUCUGAGGCAGGAGAAGACCAUGGGGCAGGAGAAGGCUCCCAGGUAGGAGAGGACCCUGGGUCAGGAGAGGCUGUGGCACCAGGUGACACCCUGGAGGGGGACAGCAGAGCCCCAGAGGAGCCUGAGGACCUGCAGGAAAGCGAGGGGGAGGAACAGGAGGAGCUGGAGCCAGGAGAGGAGCCCUGGGGACAGGAGGGUGGUGGCAGUGGCCAAGAGCCCUGUCCAGAGGACUGGGAGGUGACAGCAGGGGACACUGAGGGAGUGUUGGGGCCAGAAGAGGCAGCCUGGGCAGAUGACACCCCGAGCAGUGCAGCAAGGCUGGAAAGCGAGGAGAGAGGUGGCACACGGCCAGCAGAGCUGGAGGAGGCCCAGGAAGAUGAUGAAGAAGAUGCCAAGAGCCAGGAGAUGAGCCAGCAGCAGGCACUGCCAGAGGCUGAGCCAGCAGCUGAGCGGGCACGGCAGGAGCAGCUGGGCAGCAUGGCAGAGCCUGAGGCAGCCCCUCCAGGUGCCCCUGGGCAAGGGGACAGCCAGGAGCUGGAGGAGGAUCCAGAGAAGCCACGGGAAGUGCAGGAUGAGGACACUGCUGAGGGGCUCAGCCCGGAGCUGGGGCAGCUGGAGAGCUCAGAGCUGGCACUGGAGCAGGUGCCAGGUGACAGCAGCGAGUGGGCAUUGGAGGAGACCCCCAAAAACCCAGAGCCCACAGAGCUGGAGGGCUCAGAGCUGGCACUGGAGCAGGUGCCAGGUGACAGCAGCGAGUGGGCAUUGGAGGAGACCCCCAAAAACCCAGAGCCCACAGAGCUGGAGAGCUCAGAGCUGGUGGCACUGGGACAGGUGCCAGGUGACAGCAGUGAGUGGGCACUGGAGGAGACCCCCAAAAACUCAGAGCUGGGAGAGCUGGAGAGCUCAGAGCUGGCACUGGUGCAGGUGCCAGGUGACAGCAGUGAGUGGGCACUGGAGGAGACCCCCAAAAACCCAGAGCUGGGAGAGCUGGAGAGCUCAGAGCUGGCACUGGAGCAUGUGCCAGGUGACAGCAGUGAGUGGGCACUGGAGGAGACCCCCAAAAACUCAGAGCUGGGGGAGCUGGAGAGCUCAGAGCUGGCACUGGGGCAGGUGCCAGGUGACAGGGACGAGUGGGCACUGGAGGAGACCCCCGGAGACCCAGAGCCCACUCUGGGCACCGGCAGGAGGGUGGAGCUGGAGGACACACUGCCAGACAGCACACCCCUGCACCUCUACCAAGGAGGGACCCCAAACCCUCCAGAGAGCGAGGAGACCACGGAGCCAGCGCCUGGAUGUGACACAGCCCACGAGGGUGGAGGGUGGCAGGAAGGGAGGGACAAGUCACCAACCCCCAGCGUGCCAGAGAGCCCUGAAGAAGAGGCAGGGGCAGAGGGGGCUGAGGAGGAGGAAGGAGCAGAGGGGGCUGAGGAGGAGGAAGGUUAUUUCAUGGUCUCUGCUCCCAGCCAAGAGGUGUCCAGCUCAGAGGAAGCUGAGAUCCCUGAGGACUUUGAAGAAAUUAAAGUUGAAGCAACUGAAGACAGCCAAGAUGAUCUGGGGGCUCGUGGAGAAGCAUCUCCAGUGGCAGAGGGCAAAGAGCACCUUGAGGUGCUUGCUGCAGAAGCAGAUGAGGAUAUGGAGAUGCCCACUGAAGAACCUGAGGUGCCAAAGGAUGAGGAGAGCACUGCUGAGCUGGAGGAAGGCCCAGGAGAAGAUCCCAGCUGUCUCCAGGUGACUGGACCAUCAUCAGGAGGUUCUGAUGAGGAAGGCCCAGAAGAUCCCAGCUGUCUCGGGGUGGUGGGACCAUCAGCUGCAGGUUCUGAUGAGGAAGGCCCAGAAGAUCCCAGCUGUCUCGGGGUGGUGGAACCAUCAGCUGCAGGUUCUGAUGGGCCAGCCCAGGGUGCCACGGGCACUGCAGCAUGGCAGGGAGCAGAGCACUCAGAAGGUCUGGCUGCUGAACCAGAUGAGGAGCUCCCCAACACAACCGAGCUGGAGAGGGGUGCCAGUGGAGCAAGAACCCUCCCAGGCUGCACGCUGGGGUUGGCAGGGCAGGAGGAGGAGGAGGAAGAGGAAGAUGAGGAUGAGCCCAGCACAGCUCUCCAUGACACGGCCAAGGCCACAGCAGAGCUCCAGGGCCAGGCAGUGCCUGGUGAGGCAGAGCAGCCUCUGCAAGAGCAGCCACCCACAGAGGAGGAGGAGGCACUGGGCAGUGAGAGCCUUCCUCCACCCGGGAAUGAACAGCCCCCCGGGGCCAGCCCACCUCAGCUGGGCUCUGCACCGGGGCAGGGAGGUUCUCCAGAGGUGAUUCCAGCCAUCCCUGACACUGCUGCUCUCCCUGCGGAGGUGUCAGUGGAUGUCAUGAAAGACUCGGGGAUUUUGGAAAUAGUUGAGCAGGCCCUGGAGUUCAACCAGGAGCUGAUGGGGGGGAGGCUGGCAGAGGGUGGGCAGGGUCCUGGCAGGGCCGAGCUCUCCCGGGAUGCAGGGGAAGACUCCUCCCUUGCCUCAUCCAGCGAGGAGGAGCCAACGGUGCAGGAGGUACCAGAGAUGGAGAUGGAGGGAGCGCUCCGGGCUGAGAACGGGCUGCACCGGGAGGCCAGCCUGGAAGAGCUGGCUGAAUUCACUGAGGAGAUGCUGAACGGCACCAGCAGCACAGCCCUGGCACAGGAGCUGCCCACAGAGCCCUCGGGGGUGAUGCCAGCACAGAUCCCCACCCCUGGAGAUGGCACCGCCGCCAAGCUGGGGGAUGGCACCCUGAGGGGCAAGCAGCUGAGCCCCGUGCCCCCUGCUCUGGGGGAGGAUGUGCUGUGCCUCACAGCCCAGCAGGCAGCAGCCUGUGGGCUGAGGGCUGAGCAGGAGCCCUGGUUCUCAGGGGACGAGUGACAGCAGCCAGGGGCAGCCUUCUGAUGGUCCCUUCCUGCCAAACCCUGUACCCCCCUCGUCCCACCCCCUCCUAAUCCUUCCCCAUCUCCCUGUGGUUUUUAACACGUUUGUGUGGAUUUUUUGCACCCCUUUUCAGAGUGAAGAACCACCAAGUUCUGUUGCACCCCCACAGCCCACCCAAAUUCUCAUGCUUGCUCUGGGACCCUGUUCAUUGUGAGCUUCCUCUUGGGUGGGUGUAUUUAAUUUAAACUCUGUGUUUCCCCAUUCCCUGCAAUCUUCCCCCUCCAACUCCCCCAGUAUUUGCCCCAGGAUGUCCAGCUGGAGGUUAGGGACCCUUCCAAAGUGCACCCUGGGACUCAGCAUUUUGGGGUUCAUCACCCCAGGGUCCCCAGCCCCAGCCUGGGGGCUGAGCCACUCUGGAUGUACUCUCUGCCUCAUUAAUUUAAUAAAGCCUCUU